AUGUCUGACGGGGCCACAUCCGACUUCCAAGCGGCUGAGUUGCCCAAGCCGCCCUUUAUACCCGUUCCUGGUCUCCCAAACUUUCGCGAUGCUGGCGGCUACCCGAUUGACUCUCAGCCGGGCCGCAUCCUGAGACCGGGCAUUGUCUUCCGCUCCGCAGAGCCUUCGCGCCUAACGGACCAAGGCGUCGCCCUUCUCCAGGACAUCGGUAUCACCCACGUCUACGACUUGCGUUCCGCCGUCGAGCUCAAGCGCCUCGCGCAAGCAGGCGCCAAUUGCGACGUCCGCGAAUGGCCGGGCGCCACCCGUGUUUUCGUCCCCGUUUUCCAGGACCAGGACUACGGCCCCGAGGCUAUCGCCCUCCGCUACCAGAACUAUUCCAGUAACGGCACCGAGGGCUUCACCAAAGCCUACGCCGACAUUCUGCGCGCUGCUUCAGGGCCGGAUCAUCCUCAAGACCCCUUUCGGACUAUUCUGUCUCACCUCGCCACCCCGGAGAUUCCGACGCCGUUGCUUAUCCAUUGCACGGCUGGGAAGGAUAGGACGGGCGUUAUCUGCGCACUCAUUCUCAGCCUCUGCGGCGUCUCAGACGAUGUUGUGGCCCACGAGUACAGCCUGACCGACAUUGGAUUGCAGGACCGUAAAGAAGAACUGGUCAACCACUUGCUGGCCACGGAGGCCAUGAAGGGAAAUCCCGAAGGCGCCCGCCGCAUGAUCGGGUCCCGCAAGGAAAACAUGCUUUCCACUCUCAAACUGAUUCGCCAUGAGUACGGGUCGGUCGAGUCAUUUGUGCAGACAAGAUGUCGCCUCUCGUCAAAGGCUAUAGAGCAGAUUCGCAAGAACCUCAUCGUGGAUGUUGCAGAUGGUCACCGUGUUGUAGACUGGGUUUCGCACACCAAGUACUUGCUUUGA